AUGAGGAGCACACCUCACGUGCCAGAGAGAAGGAGCAAUCUGGCGCAUGAGGAGCACGCGCCAGAGACAAGGGGCUUGUUGGCUUAUGAGGAGCACGCGCCAGAGACAAGGGGCUUGCUGGCGGAUGAGGAGCACACGCCAGACCAAGCCAUCAUCACUCCACGCGCAUGCAGGCAACUAGAUAUUGUACUCAUAUAUGAGGGGUUCAAUUAUGUGCUUAAGACUCCCCGACCUUUUCCACCUUUGCCCGAGGAUCCUCCUGAGGAGUAUGAAGUUUUUAAGAAGUGUAAUAAAGUAGAUGAGAUGACUAGGUGCUACAUUCUUGCUUCACUCUCGAAUGUACUCCAAAGUCAACAUCUUCAUUAUCUCACUUCUGCAGACAUCAUGCUUAACCUCAAGGAAAUGUUUGGGCAAGUUGGUAAGAGUGCACGCCAAACUACUAUGACAAACUUGAUGACCACCAAGAUGGUCCAAGGUACUCCAGUUCAAGAUCAUGCUUUAAAAAUGAUUGGUUUUCUAAAUGAACUUAAGAUCCUUGGAUGCAACUUGGAUAGUGAACUUCAGGUUGACAUGAUUAUCGCUUCAUUGCUAGACUCACUCAACUCUUUUAGGGUUAAUUAUUCGACGAAUAAGCUUGAGUACUCACUCGCUGAACUUUUGAAUGAGUUGGUAACCUUUGAAGGGAUAAUCAAAAGUAAGGGUGCAUCUGUCAACUACAAUCAAUCUGCUGGACCAUCCACUUCUAAGCCCAAGAGGAGGGGCAAAAAGAAGAAGAAUGAUGGUGCCCAAACUGUGCUUAUGCCAACCAAAGUGAUUCAAAAGGAUAAAGGAAAGAAGAAAGUGUGGGUUGAAAGCGAAUGA